GUACGCGUUUGUGACGCUAGAUGACAGGAUGUCGCUGAUAACGCUACACGUGUUACGUUGCCGAGGUUUCAAAAAGUUGACUGUUCCGCUCAGAUUAGUAGCGACCGGUACUUUCGCACAACCGCAAACGUGUUCAGCGCUCGAGAAACAACUCACAAAAAUGUCGUACACCGCUGUAGAGAAAGGUGCACUAAACGGCUCUGAUUACAGAGUUUAUUUCAGAAAUGAAACUGGCCCAAUUUCACCCAUGCAUGACAUUCCACUUUAUGCUGAUGAAGCUAAUAAAGUAAUGAACAUGGUUGUUGAGAUACCAAGGUGGACAAAUGCAAAGAUGGAAAUCAAUCUUAAGGAAACAUUAAAUCCUAUUAAGCAGGAUGUUAAAAAAGGCAAAUUAAGAUAUGUUGCAAAUUGUUUCCCUCAUCAUGGAUACAUAUGGAAUUAUGGUGCAUUGCCACAGACCUGGGAAAACCCUGAGGUACUGGAUGAAUCUACUGGAUGCAAAGGAGACAAUGAUCCUAUUGAUGUCCUUGAAAUAGGAUAUAGGGUUGCAAAAAGAGGUGAAGUUUUGAAAGUAAAAGUUCUGGGUACUGUUGCACUCAUAGAUGAGGGCGAAACGGAUUGGAAAAUAAUCGUUAUCGACGUCAAUGAUCCUUUGGCCGACCAAAUGAAUGAUGUAUCAGAUAUUGAGAAACAUUAUCCGGGCCUAAUGAAAGCUACCAUUGAAUGGUUCAAGAUUUACAAAAUUCCAGACGGUAAACCGGAGAAUCAGUUUGCAUUUAAUGGAGAAGCAAAGUCAAGAGACUUUGCAUUACGUAUUGUGGAAGAAGUACAUCAACACUGGCAAAACCUUAUUAAGCGUGAAGCGCCAGCAGGAGGAAUUGCAUGUACUAACGUAACUGUCGCUGGCAGUCCGUUCAAAAUUACUGCAGAAGCUGCUGAAGAAAUACUGGAAAAGGCUCCAGAGCCAUCAGAACCUCAAGCAGUAGAUCCAAUAGUCGAUAAAUGGCAUUACGUGCACCUUAAGUGAGAAUAAAAGGAAGGUAUUUUCGCAUCAUUUGAUGACUACACAUGCUUGCUUGUUUUGAUGGCACAUACCGAAAUACCACGUAUUACUCCUUCGUUAUAAGUUUUGAUACAUUCGAUAGUUAUAGAAAAUAUUUAAAUAUUGUAAUAUUUAUGAUAUUAUAAUAUUUAAAUAUUGUAAUAUGUGCUCGCAGUACCGAAGCAAGCAGUACCUAAGCAAGAUGAAACGUAGCAACACAACUUCACAUGCGUACUAUUAUUUAUUUUAUAUUGUUUAAUGAAGAAGGGUUCUUUAAUUGAUUUCCAAAUAUGUACCUUUUUUCAUAUCAUUUAUUAAAACAUGUUGCUGCAUUGUACGUGGUAGUAAGCAUACUCCUUUCCAAGGUUGUGAUAUAUGAUUUUCCAUAAAUAUCUAGGAAGAGCUUAUAGAUGGAAAAAAUUUUUCCAAUAUUUGUUAUAUUACAUACAUGUAAUACAAUAAAAACUAGUUUGCGAUUCCAAC